AUGGGCCGGGUUUGCAAAGCGGACAGCCUGCCAUUGACCUACUCCGAACUUACGUGCAUCUGCUUCUUCUACCUGUUCCUGCUGAUAAGCUUCCUGGUAUGGUGUGUACGCAAAAAUCGAUUUAGAAGCCAAAUAAAUGAAAGGCAUAAAUGGAAGAAUAGUGAAUCCCACGCAAAAAAUGAGAACGUCGAAUUUUUUAACUACAUUUAUGAGGCGGGCGAGGAGGACGACUCGGAUGACAUUGUAGUGCGACAAGAAGGAUACCAAAAUAACUUUGUCGGGUUUGCACUGAAGAAUGCUUCCAUUUUCCUGUACGUAUGUACCCAUAUCAUUAUCGUCUUCUUAAUUGCAAAUGAGUAUUGCAUACACGAGGGGGCUGAAGUUUUGUGGAAUGAUCGAGCCUUUAUUUUCUUCAUUUUUCUCCUCCUCUGUUUUUCCAUUACGUAUGGCAUUUUAACUGUGAGGAAACAUCUGCACAGCUUUUUUUUGAAACCCGCCCUUCUGAAGGAAAGUGAUUAUGUGUUGAUAUACACGAAAAGCGAUGAGUACGCCAACACGUGUAAAACUUCCCUUAGGCGAAGUUUCUUCCAUGCCUUUAGCUGGGCUAACAGAUGGUAUCACACGUUGGGAAGACGCUUCCGACAUUAUGCAAAUGUGUAUUUGAGCUACCAGGGGGCGAUAAAGCGUGCACUCUUUUUAGAAUUUGCCAAAUGGAGCUUCAUCGGGGGGGAAGCAGAAUUUGGAAGUACGCGCUCAGGAAACAGUGAGGAGGGGAGAUCCCACCCUCUUGGGGGAGGACAAAAGGAUAGUCACCAUAUAAAAUAUGAAGACAUUUUGGAAGACACGCGUUUGUUAAGUGGGCACACGAGGAAGGGACAUUCGUUGGGUCACCACGAAAAGGGGGCCAACAAAAUAGCAGGAAAGGCGCUCGGCAAAGCAGAAUCCCCUGUGAAGACUAAGGCGGGUGCCUCCUGCCCACCCCUGACAGUGCACAAGAUUAAAGUGCAGACAAACGAAAAGAACUUGCGCUACUUCUUCUUCAGAAGCAUGAAGUACGUAUACAACGAAGAGAAGGACGCAUUCCACAACAUCGCACACACCAUUGAGGAAAAAGUGCAAAGUCUCGACUUCAACUACCUACUAAAAAAAGGAGGACUAAACAACAGCGAAAUUAUUAACAACCUAAAUGACUACGGUUACAACAAUAUACACCUCGAAUUUUGCUCCUUUUUUAAAAGCAUAAAAAGAGAGCUGUUAGAUGGCAUCUACAUGUUCCAGCUAUUCAUAACGUACAAAAAUUUCUUCUGGAAGGAGGUGAUAACUUCUCUCAUUUGGCUAAUAAUCUCGUUCAUAAGUGUUGUCAGCAAAAUUAUGAAAAAUGAAAAAAAUAAAAAAGAGAUUUAUGAGAACAUCCAAUCUAGCAACAAUACGCUCGUGACUGUUUAUAGAAAUUCAAUCGUUCAGCAUGUCCCCUCUAGUAAUUUAACCAUAGGAGAUGUGAUCAUUAUAAAUUCAAAGAUGACUAUGCCUUGUGAUUGUCUUUUACUGACGGGUCAAGUUUUAGUAGAUGAAAGUUUGCUAACUGGGGAAUCCAGGCCAAUGAAAAAAACAUGCGUAUCAAAUUUGAGCUCCUUCAACUCCUUUGACAAUAGGACAUACUCAUCUUCUAGUGAUUCUUUCCCCUUUGGGGAAACCUCCAAGGGGAAGAAAUCCAAAUGGAAGAAUGCGUCCCCCCAUGCAGCCAAUCCGAUGAGUGGACAAUUCACGGGGAACACUAACCAUGAAAAAUUCACCAAAGGGAAGUACUACAACGCGAAGCGAAAUUUCCAUCAUAACAAUAUUCUAUACUCUGGCACGGACGUCAUUUCCACGAUGAACUCCACAGAGAGCAUCUACGCAGUGGUGAUAAGUGUGAGCAUAUACACCUACAAGGGGAAAUACAUGCAGAAUGUUCUCUUCCCAAAUCCACUCCUCUUUAAAUACGAUUCGCAACUACCCAUCGUCUUUCUCUUCACUAUUCUCUUUUCUCUCAUAUGCAUGUACUUCCAAAUACGUUCCUUGGGACUUAACAUGACCUCCAUUUUUUACACCAUCGGGACAAUGUCACAGAUACUACCUGUCUGGACCCCCGUUGUUCUAAACAUGGGGUUAAACAUAUCAACCAAUAGAUUGAAGGAGGAGAAAAACAUCCGGUGCAUUGCUCCAUCGAGGAUUCCCAUCUGUGGAAAAAUUAGGAUCUUUUUUUUCGACAAAACGGGCACACUGACGGGGCACAAAAUUGAAUUUUCAGGUGUCCAUUUUAGCAAUAAUGUUUUGAAUGAACAGAAGGCACAGCUGUCUGGGCUCGACAACCAUAGCAGGAGCGUGUCUGACGAUACGUACGAUGUGAAGUAUGAAAGUUAUUACCCCUCCUCCAGUAAAGUUAACUUUAAUUCGGUUAGGAAGAAUGGAUUGCCUAGAAUGGAGUCUGCCCAGCCGGUGGAAAGCAGCGUCCCCCAUGGAGGGGCCUCCUCCUCGGGCGGUGGUUCACAGAGAGAUAAAAAUGUUGUACCGGCGGAAAGCGCAAACGGGGCAGACCAAGAAGAAGCUCUGGAUCAUAUGGACAAGGUAGACCACACAAACGGGGAAGACCACGUGGGUGGUGCGUCCGUGCGCUCCGUUUACUCGAGCAUCGACGAGGAAGUUUUUCCCGUAGUGGCCGAUUUGGUCCAAGCCGCCAGCAGCGCGAAUGAAAACGAAGGCGACUUGGUUGUAGGAGAAAGUAACUUCGUUGCAGGAGAAAGCAACUUCAUUGUAGGAGAAAGCAACUUCAUUGUAGGAGAAAGCAACUUCAUUGUAGGAGAAAGCAGCUUCGUUGUAGACCAAAUGGGAGUAAACACUGACGACCAGAACCGCGUGAGGGAACCCCCCGACGGGGAGGACGCCAGCCAACCCUCCAGCGGAGAUGUCUUCCAAAGCUACGACGAAACGGAUGAGAAUAAAAACCUCGAAAAUCAGGACAAGGAAAUUUCCCCUGAGGGAGAAGAGCAACAGGGAGGGAAUCCCAAUCAGGGAGACCAUGUCGACGGGGCUAACCUUUCAACUUUGCCAAAUGGUGAGAAGGAAAACCUCGAUGAAGAACCAUUUCAGCGCGAAGUGGUGGAACAACUUCCCCUGGAGGAGAAUAGCAUUUCCAUCGAUAUGGACACAGAUGAAUGCCAAAAAAGGGCCAAGAAGGAGAAAGAAAAUACCCCCAUUGUGGGACGCGAAAAUGUUAGUCAAAAGUCUGCCGAGGAGGAGGCAGAGCAGACAGAAGAAGAACCUCCGAUGAGGAGCUGCCACUUCAAUGAGUCCAACUCGUCCAUGAAUUCUGUCACGUCACUCCUUUACAAUAGCAAACUGAUGUGGGCAAAUAAAGCCACUCUGAAAAAUACCCCUCCAAGUUAUCACCUACUAGUGUAUGCCCUUGCGGGAUGCGCCUGUGUGUACACCGAUACAAUUACCAACGAUGUAUAUGGACACGAAAUAGAUAAAAGAUUAUUCGAAGCGACCGAAAUGAAAAUAAGUAACUACAUUAACAAACACAAUAUGAACGUGAAAAAGGUUUCCCUAAAAAUUAAUUACACGUAUAAAUAUUUCGACAUUUUAAAGACAUUCGAAUUUGAUUACUUUACGAAAAUAUCAACUACCCUAGCUUAUGGGUACUUUGACUUGGGGGAGAAAAUUUUUGUCGUUUUUUCAAAAGGAUCUUUUGACAAAAUUUACAAAAAAUGCAUCAAAAAUGAAGAAAUACAAUUUUUUAAAAAGAAAGAACAAGAAUAUAGUAAAAACGGGUUCUACGUAAUUGGGCUAGCUUUUAGAAUCAUAUGUGGUAUAUCCUUUGAGGAAAUAUUACAGCUACCAAGAGAAGAGUUAGAAAAGGAUAUGAGCUUCCUAUCGCUUAUCAUGUUUAGCAAUUACAUCAAGAAGGAUGCCGAGUUGGUUGUUCAAACAUUGAAGAGCUCUUCCAUUAGACCAGUCAUUCUUACUGGCGAUAAUGCAUACAACUGCCUCUACGUGGGGAAUAAAAUUGGUCUCUUCAAUAGUAUUAAUUUUUACGAGUCCUUCCUUUCCAUCAAUAUGAAUUCGAAUACGAACACCAGCUCCAACUCAGCGGAGAGGAUACUAAACGAACGAGAAAAUCUCUUCCUCUCUACUGAGACGAAAUUUUUGUCAUUUGAAAAUUUUAUCAAAUCGAAUGCACAAAUGGGACGGGGCGACGAAGAAAGUAUCCCCGGGAGAGCAGCCAACAACUUCGCCCAUUCGUCUAAUCGGAAGAGGGAAUACGAAGCCGAUUUGUACGCGCCGCAGGGUGAGGGUGCUGAUGGGUCCAGGCAAAGGGGAAGGAACGAAGCUCCCCCUACAGGGCGAACGCAAGACAAAGGGGAGCAAGUAAGAACCCCCCACAGUAACCACCUCCCCAGGGGGACAUCCUCCAAGAUCUACCGUGAUAUGGAUGAGGAGUACACGGCAGGCGAAACCACGGCACUGAUCCACCGGGGAGAGAAGUCUCCACAGGGGGGCAGGCCAAACGGACAUCCCCCCUCCGACGGAAAUAGUUACAACAGCGUGGAAGAAUACAAGGCCGAUCGGGCGAGUGAGGCACCCUUCCUCGAAGCAGUCAGCCAAAUGAACCCGCCGCACAGCAAAAACUCUUACUACACUUACGAGCAAAACGAACAGCGAACCGAAAAUGUUAUUAUCUACGGGUACAUGCAAGAAGCCUCCUCCGAUCUCGUAUUCGUGAACAUACAAAAUGAUAAGAAAGUUAAUUCAGAAGAAGUGCUCUUUGGAAAUAUCUACAAAGAAAUUAUCCUAACGGGUGAAGCAUACACCUACAUAAGGCACACAAUAUUUCAUAUGUCCAAUGAAGAGGAAGACAUAACUUCCUACCGUAACGUUGAAAAGUCGGAAGGAUAUAAAAACUUUCUUCUACGUGUACGGAUUUUCUCCAGACUAACUCCAAAUAACAAAAUGGAGGUCAUCAAGGAUUUCAUAAAAUAUGACUACAUCUCUGGCAUGUGUGGAGAUGGAAGUAACGACUGCGGAGCUUUGAAAAUUUCUCAUGCAGGGUUAGCCUUAUCAGAUGCCGACACUUCAGUGGUAUCCCCAUUUAGUAGCAAAAAUGAAAAUAUAAAAAGCGUCAUUGAUGUCUUGAGAGAAGGUCGAGCUUGUCUAGUCACUUCCAUUAACUGCUACAAGUAUAUGCUACUUUACGGGUUCAUGAUUUCCGUUGUAAAGAUUGUUCUUUUUAUGAAUGCUCAUGCAGUUAUGUCUGAAUAUGGCUACCUCUUCUUCGACAAUGUGAUCCUACUUUUGUUAGCAAAAUCCAUGACCCUUUCCAGACCAGCUAGGAAAUUAAAGACGCAGACUCCCACCUCAAGUAUCAUUGGUGCUCAGACUAUCAUUUCUUUACUGUCCAAUUUGAUUGUUAACUUUUUUUUUCUAUAUAUAAUUAUGCUGCAGUUUUUUUAUGUGUAUGAAUUACCAUCGUCGUAUGAAAUGAACAGCUCUGCUCCCAAGUCUUCUUGGUGGCUCAUGAGCGACAACUACGAGAGCUUUUUGGCCUGCGUGUGGUUCUGCUUCCAAAUUGUGAAUAGCGCCUUUAUCUUCACCUUCGGCGGCAAGUACCGCAAGUCCAUCUUCUCCAACUAUACAUUCAUGGGCGAUAUACUAAUCGAUAUGCUAAUCGAUAUGCUAAGCGAUGCAUGUCUAGCACUGCUCCUUCGAUUAGUGUACUACUGCCUCAUCAACAGCUUCCUGUUCUACCUGACCGUCGGAGGGCCAAACCGACUCACGUGCCUCUUCCGAAUGAACUGCAACGACGAAGUUUCCAGAGCAACCAAAUUCAAAAUUCUAGACCUAUUCUCCUACUCAGCCAGCGGCCUAAGUUUCUACGGCCCAAACGGAAACAACAUCCUUACCACAGGCCACAAAGUCAAGUUCCUUUUUUUAAAUCUCCUUAACAUAGCUGUCAACAUUUGCAUAUCCAAAUACGUUUUGUGCGAACCGCUGUACAACAUGGUCAGGCGGUUCUUCAACUUCCAAAAUAGGAAGGUACCCGUUUAG